CGACGGGGUGAACACGACCCCGCGGACACAGGGGCCGCCGGCGACACCCGGGGCUCCGCGCCCCUCCAGGAUGCAGCACCGAGGCUUCCUGUUCCUGGUCCUCCUCGCCCUCCUGGCGCUCACCUCCGCGGUGGCCAAGAAGAAAGACAAGGUGAAGAAGGGUGGCCCGGGCAGCGAGUGCGCGGAAUGGACCUGGGGCCCGUGCACCCCCAGCAGCAAGGACUGCGGCGUGGGCUUCCGCGAGGGCACCUGCGGGGCCCAGACGCAGCGCAUCCGCUGCCGGGUGCCCUGCAACUGGAAGAAGGAGUUUGGAGCCGACUGCAAGUACAAGUUUGAGAGCUGGGGAGCGUGUGAUGGGGGCACAGGCACCAAAGCCCGCCAGGGCACCCUGAAGAAGGCGCGUUACAAUGCCCAGUGCCAGGAGACCAUCCGCGUGACCAAGCCCUGCACCCCCAAGACCAAAGCCAAGGCCAAAGCCAAGAAAGGGAAAGGGAAGGAUUGAGGCUAGGCUGGAAGGAGAUGGAGCCCCUGGGCCUCACCUGUGGCCUGGUCACCGCCCUCCCCUCACACAGCCCGGAGAUAUAACCUGCCAGUGCCUUUUGUCUGCUUGUUAGCUUUAUCAAUCAUGCCCCGCCUCUGCCCUCUCACUCCACCCCCACCCCCGUGCCCUCAGUGGGGAGGGACUAGGGAUUCUGGGAAAUUUGAGUCUCCCUCAGAGGGAUUUGAAUCCCACUCUCUCCCCCCACCCCACCCUUUGUAUUCCCCCACCAUGA